CGUCGCUGUCCAAAUCAUCGAAAAAUGCCUCUUACAGCCCAAAAGAUAGGAUCGCUCUUGUUCUGCCCAAAUUGCGGUACAUUGCUCGAUACGCCCAACGGCAACACACCAGUCGUAGUUUGCGAACAAUGCAAGCACGAGGAACCCGCUUCAUCAUUUCACGAUAUCGAGAUUGUCACUCGCUCUCAUCCGGACGCGUUCCCGUCCGCUCUCAGGCAGAAGCGCAAAACGCAGACGAAGCUUCACGAAGGCAAGGUGCUGCCAAAGGUGGCCGAGAAAUGUCCAGCGUGUGAAUAUCCCGAGGCGUUCUACGAGGAGAAACAGAUGCGAAGCGCAGACGAAGGGUCGACAAUCCUCUAUACGUGCGUGUCGUGCAAGCACGGAUGGCGUGUCAACAACUAGGCGGAGGAAGCAUGAUGGAAUCGGGCUUGCGCGACGCGCUCCUAUACCCGACGAUUCUCACAAAAAUCCAGGUCUACUGGAACUUGCAUUACACGUUUACACCGACGCUGCAGAAGAGGGCGACGACGCCAAAACCACCGAGGGCGCUGGCGAGGGCUGCGACGACGGUCUCAUGGACGGGGAUGGUCGUUUUGGGGAGGCUGAGCAGGAGGAUGUCAGACGUAUGAUACACGUUGUCGCAAUGCAGCAUACGCACGUGGAGAAGUAGAAUGCGAGUGCAAAGGUCGAGGCGAGGAGAGUGAACGCGAUGUAAGGGAGUGCAGAGGCGGCCACGUAGGGAGAGAAGGGGGGCAGUGACCUGUGCAGCGCCUGCGGAGCACGUCAGCUUGU